ACCGGAAGUAUAGCUAACGCUUUUAUGGAGAAUCUUUAUGUUGUGGUGUAGGGUCUCUACUACUCUAGACAUUCGAGAUCAUCAAUAACACUAAUAAUAAAGUCUUAAUUUACCUAGAUCUAGACUCUUUUUUUUGUUUUCUAUAGACUACUAACAGAAAAUAUGCCUGUUGAAAAUCUUGAAGAACAAGGCUUGGCUAAAAACCCAAAUUUAGAACAUGCUCAAUUACGUUUUCUUCUCGGAACUGAGAAAUAUAAAAAUGAUGAAGCUUUGAUACAGAAACUUUUGAAUGAAAUCAAAGCCAACGAUAUGGCUCCCUUCUAUGAAGAGGUCGUCCAAGAGUUUGGCUGGGUAAAAGAUGAACAAGUUUUAGCCACCAUGAAAGCGGCCAAUGAGGCAAAGUUGAAAGUUUUAGACGACGCCAUAAAAGAUGCCGAAAAAAGUUUAGGGGAAACGGAAAUUCGUGACAGCAUGUUAGCCAAGGCAGAGUACCUGUGCCAAAUUGGUGAUAAAGCUGCUGCUCUGUCAGAGUUCCGUAAAACAUAUGAUAAAACUGUUGCCCUUGGAUACAGAUUAGAUAUAGUCUUUCAGUUGAUUAGGAUUGGUUUGUUCUACAACGAUCAUGAUCUGAUUACAAAAAAUCUUGAGAAGGCACAAAGCUUGAUUGAUGAAGGUGGUGACUGGGAUCGCAGGAACAGGCUUAAAGUUUACAGGGGCCUCUACAAUAUGUCCAUCAGAGAUUUCAAAUCAGCUGCCACACUCUUUCUGGACACCAUAGCAACGUUCACAUCCUAUGAGUUGAUGAACUACCAGCAGUUUGUGACGUACACCGUUCUCUGUUGUAUGAUUGCUUUAGAGAGACCAGAACUCAGAGAGAAGGUUGUUAAAGGCGCUGAAAUUCUGGAAGUCCUUCAUGAAUUAAAAGAUAUCCGCAAGUUUCUGUUUUCUCUCUAUGAUUGUCAGUAUGCUGAUUUCUUUGUGGCUUUAGCUGAAGUUGAGAAUGUUAUGAAAUACGAUCGUCUGCUUUCAUCCCAUUACUCCUAUUAUGUUCGUGAAAUGCGCAUCAUGGCCUAUGCCCAGCUCUUGGAAUCCUACAGAAGUCUUACCCUGGACUAUAUGGCCAAGUCUUUUGGGGUGACAGUUGCAUUUAUUGACCAAGAAUUGGCCAGAUUCAUUGCUGCAGGACGUCUCCAUUGUAAAAUUGACAAAGUUGGUGGCAUAGUGGAAACCAAUAGGCCAGAUAGUAAAAAUUGGCAAUAUCAGAACUGUAUCAAACAAGGAGACAUUCUUCUCAACAGAGUCCAAAAACUAAGUCGAGUGAUCAACAUUUAGUCUCAGCCUGUUGACUGUGCGUUUGAUAAAUUGUUUCGUUCUGUUGUUUGGUGUGAAUGUAAAUAUAUAUUUGGUUCCAUUCUGAAUGAGGUGCUAAGUUGAUUUUUUUAAUAAACUCCUAACAAUUGCUUUAGAACCAUCUUAAUUUAUUCUUUGUCAUAAUGUUUUUGCCAUCAUUCUUAGGAGUUAUUCAAGAGGAAGCUGUUUAGGAAAUAAAAUUGAUUUGAAACUUUAUAAUUUGCUUGUAUUCUGUUCAUACCCAACAAAUCAAGUUAUCUUUUACAUUUUAAGAAGUAAUAUACACAUUU